GAGAGGUGGAGACAGAAGCACAGAGAGAGGGGAGAGGAAGCGAGAGGCGAGUGUUGUGGAGAAAACAGUACAAUGAGGAUUGGGGGGUGGGCUCGAAUCUGGGGAGAUGAUUCAGUGAAUCAAUGCCCAAUGCCUUCCAGAUCGCUGGCAAAUUACAACAUUCAUGGCUAAUGGGGGGGGAGGAACACACUUCCCUCUUGAUUUCCUGUCCUUGCUGUGCGCAGGAGUUAGUUCCUGUGUCCAUGGGUCUUGGAGGGGCUGUUGCUAACGGGCCAAUUACAUCAGGAGGCUGGAUGCCUGUUUUAGGCCCAGAUUUUGCGGCUCGAGGCCUACUCCACUUAGGAGUCUAUCAGCCGUCAGCGGUUACACCAAGCACGGUCUUACCGAGGGUCCGAAAUGGCAGUUGACGGCCACACGCUGGAGUUCUGCCUCGCUGAGGAGGCCGAUUUUGAGGAAGUGAUGUCCAUCUCUGGAGACGUCUACGGGGGCAUCGAUUACCUGCCGGUCCGUUACCAUGCCUGGAUCCGGGAUCCAUUUCGAAGGGUGAUCCUGGCUAAAAAGAAAGGGCAAAUAGUCGCCCUUGUUUCGGCGAACAUUGUGGACAACGGGCACACGGCGGUGUUCGAAGGGUUGAGGGUGGCGCCGCUGGAGAGAGGCAAAGGAAUCGCUGGGCUCAUCCAGGGCUACUGCCUCAAUCUGGUCAAGGACCAGUUCCCGGAGGUCAAAGUGCACCGCUACACCAAAUCCGGCCAGUUGGCACCCAAGAUUCUCACCAAGUUCCGACUGAUAUGUAAACAGGAAGUUCUUUCUGUGCAGUUCAAGGCAGAAGAUAUCCGUCCAAAGCUGGAAGCUGCAGUCGCCCAGCUGAAGGAGAGUGGGAAGGAAUGGGAAGAUCCCGUCCUGCUCGGGGCCUCGGAUGCCAAGCGGGUGUUCCUGAGCCCAAGGGUGGUGGACGGGGUGCUGCCUGGGAAGACCAUUAUUCAAGACUGGGUUCCAUACAGGCCAUUAGAGAGCAACCUAAAGAAGCUAGUGAGUCAAGACUUCAUCUGGAUGGCCGAUGACAAAGAAGAGCCCACAGUCCUCAGCGUGGGCACUGCCCCCUACAGGGUACCCUUGGGGACUGGCUACCACCGGCUGAACAUUGAUAUAUUUGGGAAGCAAUUCCCCAGGGCCAGAAACCAGCUCCUCGCUCAGCUCCAGCAAGGAGUCAGCACCUUGGAGGUCCCAAUAUACUGCCUCUUGUAUUUUGAGCCGUCCAUGUGGCAGGACAUGCUUUCCUUCUGCCAGACUGCCUUAGGACUCCACAAGGAUAGAGACUUUGAGGGGCAAAACUUGCUGGAGGCAGAUAUGUAGACCUGUAAGGGAAAGAGCUCUCUCCCCUGCUGUUGCCAGUCCCUUCCUGCUUCUGGGCUCAGUAGUUUGUCCACUAUCUCUCUUUCUCUAAAGCUAUCGCCUCAGAAACUAAAGUGUUGCAGAUUCAAGUCCCCAUUCCAGGCUUUGAAAGCCAACAUGUCCCAAUGCCUGGGUGGUGUGGAAUGGUCCUGUGUUUGAUUGCGCGGGUCUGAUCACUGAUCUAUGCCCACUGUACUUGAUUGCUUGAGCUUGGAUGCGGGCUCAGAGCCAAGCAAACAGACACAAUUUCAAAACGCUGUUGUAAAUAAACUUGUUGCAUGCUCUGAAA